UCACUCGGCUCCCCAGACGCUCGCAGCCCGCGUCCCAUGGGCAGGGAGAGGUCCUCGGGGCUGUCGUCAGCGAGGGCCGAAUCAAAAGUGGCGUUUAGUGCUUUUCGGGCUUUUUUUCGCGAGCUCCCUGCCCCCCACCUUGCUUUCCCCCGGUAGAUGCCCCCGGUGAGGGUGCGAGGCGGUGGGAAGAAAGUUUAAGGUUUGUUCCUAUCAGUCGCAAUUGCUGGGGAGGGCGGCGGGGGCGAGGGGAGGGGAGGCGCGGUGGCCUCCCCCUCGCCGCGUUCUCCGGGGUCAGCGGGGAGCGGGCUUGCGAGUGACAGCCCGAGUGGACUUUGUGGCCUCGCACCGCGAACCCUGCGCGAGCCCAGGGAGGGGGCACCGCGAGGGCACCUCCUUCCCCUUCCCGGAGACCUGGUCCGCAGUGAAUUUUUCCUCCUCUUUUUAAAAGAAUCCUCAGCCGCCAACCUCGCCUCCCCAGCUCCACCACAGUGCGCAGGGUUUGCUUUGUUUUUACGAUUCUUCCCCCCAACGAAUCACUUGUCAGAUCAAUUUUAUCUUCGCCCUCCUCCCUACUUCCCACUCUCCCCUCCUCCCCCUUCGAAAACCCCGUUCUCUGAGGUUAGACAUUUUACAAACCAUAUACGUUGUUUUUCGAAUUGUGAUUUUUUUUUUUUAACACUCUCCCCCUCCACCCCCCCCAUGGCUACUCUUCUAGGCCUUUAUUUCUGCCCUUCCCCCGCUUAGGGGGGCGGGGGUAGGGGAAGAGAAAAUAAUACAAUUUCAGGGGAAGUCGCCUUCAGGUCUGCUGCUUUUUUUUUUUUUAAUUACAAAAAAAAAAAAAAAAAAAGGACAGAAAACAUCAGUCUUGAACUUCUCUUCAAGAACCCGGGCUGCAAAGGAAAUCUCCUUUGUUUUUGUUAUUUAUAUGCUGUCAAGUUUUGAAGUGGUGAGUUUCAGGUGAUCCUGAGAGAGUAACUGAGUAUGGAUCAUUUGAACGAGGCAACUCAGGGGAAAGAACAUUCAGAAAUGUCUAACAAUGUGAGCGAUACGAAGGGUCCACCAGCCAAGAUUGCCCGCCUGGAGCAGAACGGGAGCCCACUGGGAAGAGGAAGGCUUGGGAGUACAGGUGGAAAAAUGCAGGGAGUGCCUUUAAAACACUCGGGCCAUCUGAUGAAAACCAACCUUAGGAAAGGAACCAUGCUACCGGUGUUUUGCGUGGUGGAACAUUAUGAAAACGCCAUUGAAUACGAUUGCAAGGAGGAGCAUGCGGAAUUUGUGUUGGUGAGAAAGGACAUGCUUUUCAACCAGCUGAUAGAAAUGGCACUGCUGUCUCUGGGUUACUCGCACAGCUCUGCUGCCCAGGCCAAAGGGCUAAUCCAGGUUGGAAAGUGGAAUCCAGUUCCACUGUCUUAUGUGACAGAUGCCCCUGAUGCUACGGUAGCGGAUAUGCUUCAAGACGUGUAUCAUGUGGUCACGUUGAAAAUUCAGUUACACAGUUGCCCCAAACUCGAAGACUUGCCUCCUGAACAAUGGUCGCACACCACAGUGAGGAAUGCUCUGAAGGACCUCCUGAAAGAUAUGAAUCAGAGUUCGCUGGCCAAGGAGUGCCCCCUUUCACAGAGUAUGAUUUCUUCCAUUGUGAACAGCACUUACUAUGCAAAUGUCUCGGCAGCAAAAUGUCAAGAAUUUGGAAGGUGGUACAAACAUUUCAAGAAGACAAAAGAUAUGAUGGUCGAAAUGGAUAGUCUUUCUGAACUCUCCCAGCAAGGUGCCAACCAUGUCAACUUCGGCCAGCAGCCGGUCCCAGGGAACACGGCCGAGCAGCCUCCAUCCCCUGCGCAGCUCUCCCACGGCGGCCAGCCUUCUGUCCGGACCCCUCUUCCAAAUCUGCAUCCUGGGCUUGUGUCAACGCCCAUCAGUCCUCAAUUGGUCAACCAGCAGCUGGUGAUGGCUCAGCUGCUGAACCAGCAGUAUGCAGUGAAUAGACUUUUAGCCCAGCAGUCCUUAAACCAACAAUACUUGAACCACCCUCCCCCUGUCAGUAGAUCUAUGAAUAAGCCUUUGGAGCAACAGGUUUCAACCAACACAGAGGUGUCUUCCGAAAUCUACCAGUGGGUACGCGAUGAACUGAAACGAGCAGGAAUCUCCCAGGCAGUAUUUGCACGUGUGGCUUUUAACAGAACUCAGGGCUUGCUUUCAGAAAUUCUCCGAAAGGAAGAGGACCCCAAGACUGCAUCCCAGUCUUUGCUGGUAAAUCUUCGGGCUAUGCAGAAUUUCUUGCAGUUACCAGAAGCUGAAAGAGAUCGAAUUUACCAGGAUGAAAGGGAAAGGAGCUUGAAUGCAGCCUCGGCCAUGGGUCCUGCCCCCCUGAUAAGCACACCGCCCAGCCGCCCUCCCCAGGUGAAAACAGCUACUAUUGCCACUGAGAGGAAUGGGAAACCAGAGAACAAUACCAUGAACAUUAAUGCUUCCAUUUAUGAUGAGAUUCAGCAGGAAAUGAAGCGCGCUAAAGUGUCCCAAGCACUGUUUGCGAAGGUCGCAGCAACCAAGAGCCAGGGGUGGUUGUGUGAGCUGUUACGCUGGAAAGAAGAUCCUUCUCCAGAAAACAGGACCCUGUGGGAGAACCUCUCCAUGAUCCGAAGGUUCCUCAGUCUUCCCCAGCAAGAACGCGAUGCCAUAUAUGAACAGGAGAGCAACGCGGUACAUCACCAUGGCGACAGGCCGCCCCACAUCAUCCACGUUCCAGCAGAGCAGAUUCAGAGCCCCUCUCCCAGCACCCUUGGGAAAGGAGAGUCUAGAGGCGUUUUCUUGCCAGGCCUGCUGACCCCUGCACCGUGGCUCAGUGCUGCUCCUCAGCCGCCGCAGCCGCAGCCCCAGCAGCCUGCGCCGCCACCCCCGCAGCCGCAGGCGCAGCAGCCGGCCGGCCCCCGGCUCCCCCCGCGGCAGCCCACCGUGGCCUCCCCGGCCGAGGCCGAGGACGACACCCGCCAGAAGACGCGGCCGCGCACAAAGAUCUCCGUGGAGGCCCUGGGGAUCCUCCAGAGUUUCAUCCAAGACGUCGGCCUGUACCCGGACGAGGAGGCCAUCCAGACUCUGUCCGCCCAGCUGGACCUGCCCAAGUUCACCAUCAUCAAGUUCUUUCAGAACCAGCGGUACUAUCUCAAGCACCACGGCAAACUGAAGGACAACUCCGGCCUGGAGGUGGACGUGGCCGAAUACAAAGAGGAGGAGCUGCUUAAGGAUUUAGAAGAGGGUGUGCAAGACAAAAACGCCAACACCCUUUUCUCGGUGAAGCUGGAAGACGAGCUAGCGGUGGAAGGGAACACAGACAUUAACGCCGACUUGAAAGACUGAGACAUCAAGUAUUAUUUUCAUUCAACAGUGCCACUGGUAUUUACUAACACAAUGAAAAUCCACCUGUAUGCGCUCAGAAACCUUUGUUGUUCAUGGUUUGGCCAAUGAAUCUUCAGAAACUUGCACAAACAGGAAAGUUGAGAAGGGAUAAUGCAGACUGCACUAAAUGUUUUACUCUGAUUUACAAACUGCUCGGCAGCCCCAGGUGAAGCAUUGAGGAUUGUUUGGUAUUAAAAGUUCAGAUUUGUGUUCUCGGGAACGCACCGAGGUGUGUACCCCGUCAGCAUGAUACCAGUGAUUUUUUUUAAAAAGAUUAUUAUUAUUCUGGAGCCUCAAACAAGCAUUAUAACUUCUGUGAUUAUGAUUUCCUUCCUUUCAUUAUUUCUGUAACACUCCACACUGAUCUUUGGAAACUCGCCCCUUAUUUUAAAAGAAAAAAAAAAAGAGUUUGUUACUCUAUUGUAUGUUACAAAAGAACUAUAGACUGUGGAAUGCAGUUUAAAGAUGACAUAUGCCAACAAAUGCCUUGUAUUAUAUGGCACUGCCGUAAUUCAAAUUUGUUUUUAUUUUGGAAAUAAAAGUUCACUGUAAUUUUUUUUUCAUUCUCAUUGUUACAUGAUUUUUUUUUUAAAUGAAAAGAAAAUGUGAAACACAGUUUAGUCCUCAUUAUUUAUUUGUAGAUCCUGCAGCAUCAUGUUGUAAUUAAUUUUUUGGAAGUUUCCGUUAAAUGUAAUAUUGCUUCUCUUGUUACCAUACUGAUUCUUUUCUAUUUAUAAAUGUAUUUUGAUGGGCAGUAAAACAAAGUGUCUUAAAAGUUUUAAAUAGAGAAAAUGUGCUUUACACAGUUGCCUAUAAAAAGUGCUCUAUGUUAUCCAAGCAAUUCAUACUAUAAGCUUCACUCUUAUUGUUGUAUGCAAUUUUUACUAUCAUGCAAAUAAGCUUAGGUAAAUAAAACUAAUAGAUCACCUUAGAAAAUUAUGCAAUUAAUGUGAAAAUAAUUGAUGUUUGCAAUGUGUCUUCCUUUGGUUUACAAUCAAUUUUAAAGCUACAUCUGUAUAAAAUUUCUGUAUAAAGGUGUAUUUCUUUUUUAUGAGUUUAUGGCUAUGAAAACACCAGCUAUUUUGUUACAGCUGGCUGUUUUUAUAAGUGUAUCACAAUUUUCUUUAUGCAGAAAUAUUCUGAUUAGGAAGUGGUUAUUGACUGUAACUACACAAUUAAAAUUGUUUGUAUGAUAUGACAUGGUAGGGUUUGUCUGCUUAUGUGGAGUAACUAUCCAGAGUCAAAGGUGGUCCUCUCGGUUAGGUGCAUGUUCAUACUUUUCUCUUGAUGAUAUUUUACUGAUUCUUAAAAGAGCAAUGGAAAAGAAAAGUCACUCGAAAUGCUGUAAAUUUAGAUCACGAACACAUGCUCCUUUUUAAAGUUAAACUAUGAAGAUCAUAACCUGUUUGGGGUUAACAUUUUGCUUAAUAAACAGAUAGGAUGGUCUAAAGACUCACUGGCAAAAACAUAAAUCCAGCCUCUAGCAGUUAUGUGCUUAGAAAGUGGAUUCAUCUGCAUUUAUUCCACAGUACUUCACUUAUGGCAACGCUUUUUUUAAGCUAGUGUACACAUAUUUUUAAAGGCCAUUAAUAACAAAAUAAGUAAGGAAAAAGGGACCUUUUGUAUAAAUAUUCCUUAAUAAGCAACGCAUUUUUAAAAAGUUAUAAAUGGAAUAUACGUUAGCUCGGUUCAUGCAGAAAAUAUGAAUAACACACCUGGAAUUUAAACACAAUUUUCAAGAUACAAAAUUAGGGUGUGCUAAUGGUCAUGGGAAGGUUGGAGGCCAGUGUUGCAGUUUUUGAUUAUUUUCUUUUUCUAUUCACUUUAUAUCUUGCUUCCUUUUUUUAAGGUUUCCUCGAUGUUAAUAGGGGGUAUCCGAAUUCCUUAAAACUUGGUUCUGAAAUGGCCCAUUCUUUUCCUGCCAGUGCCCUAGGCCAUGAUAAGCUCAUUGGUAGUCAACUGGGUUGCUUAGGGUUGAGCUUUUACUUAGGAUACUGAAAUGGGAUCAUUGAAAACUCCGAAUUCAGUUUUCAAAAGUACUAUUUACUUUUAAAGCACAGCUGAACUACUAUGAAGGCAGCUGGUUUGCUGCAGACUUAAAACUGAUUGAAAAGUUUUCAGAUAUUUUAUUAAGUGAGGAAACUUUUAAACAUUCUUGCUCCCUAGAGUUUAGGAAAUAAUUUGAGCAAAAGGAAUUUGAAUUAGAAUAGACAUAAGAUUUCAUGUAUUAAAAAUAAGACAAAUAGACACUAGUAUACUAUGAAGUUUUUAAGAAAGCUCUAUCUUCCUCUUUUUUUCAUAUGUUAAAGAAAAUUUAGAACAGAGAGACUUUUUUUUUUAACCAGCCCAACAUUUAACAGAUGUCAGAGGUAUGAGAUUUAAUUUUGGGAGGGAAAGGAGAAAUUGGAUUGCAAAUAUGAUUUUCCCAUUCCCAGUAAUCUAACUUAUGCAAUAACUUUCUCAAGGAAUUGAUGAGUGUGUGUAAGAAAUCAACAAUACUAACAAAAUUCUUAGGCCCUUUCAUCUUGGCAGCCCUAAUUCUGCUAAUAAUGACAUUUUAACACCCUCCCCACCCCCAAAAAUAGCACAUGUCAGUAAACAAUCAUGGUCAUGAUGGAGUGAGUACAAUUGUUUUCAGGAAAGAUGGCAUGUUUUGGAAAAGACCUGUCUGGGUGAUCUUCCACAUUGCUCCCCCAAUGCCACGUAUCGCUCCCUCACACCAGUCCCUAUUGCUGGCGGCUAUGGUACAAUUCCUUGAACAAGCUUCAUCGUGUCCAAGUUUAUCAGAGACUUUAAAAGCGGGGCAUGACGUAGCGCUUCGUGCUGUGAAGACCUUAGCAGAGUCAGGUAGUUUACGGGUAAUACUCAACCUUGCGCAUCUGAAUCUGUCAUGGAUUCCUCCCCUCAGCACUUUGCCACUAAUUUGUAUUACACUCUGUGGCCAUAUAAUACUUGCACAUUAUGCAAAAAAUAAUGUUGAUAGUAUCUCCUUGGCACAAAAUAUGCAGAGUUGACACGUAACCUUUGACAACCAAGGUAACUAAUAUGUAUGCGUGCCCUUGUUGUGUGGCACUUGGUUACAAAGUCUGUUCAUACUAUGUAUAAAGUGUGUAUAGAUGAACAUUUAGCCCCCAUGAAUUCUGAGCUUAAAGGAAGUGUGUCUUUUUAUAAGUAGUGCUAUCUAUAUCUAUGUUUAUCUAAAAUAUAUAGCUUGAGUAGAAAACAUUUUCAAAUGGUUCCAGAUUGAGUAAAAAUGACAAUCCUAUACAUUCCAUUAUGAAAGUCUGCCCUAUUCCCUAUUGUUAUCAUGAGCCAAUUUUAAGGUCCUUGAAUGUCAUGAUGUCAUCAAUAAAUGAGCUGUUCUGAA